AUGUGCAAAGAGUUCGCCCUCAUUUUCACGAAGGAGUACACCUCCUACAAGACGGUUAGAAAACAUGUGGACUACCUGUUCAACCUGUGCAAGAAGCCAGACAAGUCUCUUCGAGACUACCUGAGACAGUUUAAGGCUGAGAAGGCUAACAUCAUAGGAUGCAACGACCAAGUUGCAUCCUCUGCUUUCAAGAAAGGCUUGCCAACCGAGCACGAGCUUUACCGGGAGUUGGCCAUAACUCCAAGCCAAACCUUGGCAGAAGUGUUCGCGACGGCAGAGCGGAACGCACUUUGGGACGAUCGUAUCGCCGCAAAAAAAGCCAGCAAGCAAGUUGAUCACCCGACGAAGCAGGCAAGCCAAAAGACCAACAAGUUCGAGCAUAAAGCAUGGGACAAGCGUAGAUCGCGGCCCCAAGAGGGAGGCUCAGAAACGGGGACCUUCACUGAGUUUACCAUCCAAAUUCACCAGAUUCUGGCACAAGUGAAGGACAAGCCGUGGGUGAGAAGACCACCACCUAUGAAAGGAGACCCCUCUAAGAGGGACACUAGUAAAUACUGUACCUUUCACGGGGAGCACGGUCAUUACACCAACAACUGCAAUGCCUGA